UAUUUCGUGCCACAUUCGAAACCAAUUGGGCUCGACAACGAACUCAUAUUGCGCAUCUCAGCAUCUUCUCCAGCGAAUCUCCCUCCUCCUCCUCAUCUGGACUGCCGACUCUCUCGCUCUCUCUCUCUCUGUCUGUGGAUUUGAAUGACGGCACGUAUAUCUGGACGACUAUAAUCAUCACCGUCAUUCCCCAAGCAUUUUGCGGUGGCGCAUCAUUUGGCAGUCACCCUCCCCGUCCUGCAAGCCCGAGAGCAGCACAUUUUGUUAACAUCGGGUUGGCGCUUGGAUCCAUUUCGGUUCUGUCGAGAAAGUCUCCAGAUUUUUCCGCCCGAGGAAUCUUCAUAUCGGCUCAAGAACGCACCGCAGGGGAAGAAGAGAGGAAGGAAGGUGUGAGAAUCGCCAUCCGGGUCUCGCUGCGGUCCCAGCUGGGCGGUUCUUGAAUUCGAAGAAAUCCGAUGAGUAGCAGAAGCUAGUGGUUCUGAUCCCUCGGAGGAAGGGUUGGCAACUCAAGUUAUCAGCCCUACGAGCUGUCAGAUGGAGACGCUAUAUUGAAUUUGUUGGUUACUAUUGGUGCCCCUUUUAUGGGGAGAUGGGAUGCAAUUAAGAUAUGGAAAAAGAAUGAAAAGGGAGCAUCAGACCCAGGGGAGCAGCUCAGAGAUGUCUGCUGAGAUAUUGGAGAACCGUCAGCAUUGCUCUAUGAAGGAAGGAAAAGGGAAGAGUCUGUGGAAGAAGGUCAAGUAUCAGCUCGUGGAGUACCAUUCAUUACCUGGAUAUUUGAGGGACAAUGAGUACAUUCUUGGCCAUUACCGGGCUGAGUGGCCGAUGAAGCAAGUAUUGCUCAGCAUGUUCACCAUUCAUAAUGAGACACUCAAUGUUUGGACGCAUUUGAUAGGUUUCUUUAUUUUCCUUUCCCUCACCAUAUACACUGCUACGAAGGUCCCCAAUGUUGUGGACAUCCACUCUCUGCAUCUUCCCGAGGUCCUGAGAAAGGCUGAUCUCCACAAGAUGCAGUCCGAGCUGAUGACCAGCCUCCCUUCGUUGCCCCACAUGCCUGAUCUCCACAAGCUCCGGGAAUCUUCAAUGGAUUUGCUUCCUUCUCUGUCGAAUUGGCAUCUCAUGGAUCUCCUCUAUAAUUGCUUGCCCGAGCGGUUCUCCCAUAAUCACACUGAUGUCUGUGUCCUGAGAACGAUGAAGGAGGACGUGUUGAACAUGAUCGCUCCACUGAUAGCUCAACCAAUCACGAGGUGGCCCUUCUUUGCAUUCAUGGGUGGCGCCAUGUUCUGCCUACUGGCAAGCAGCACGUGUCACCUCCUCUCGUGCCACUCCGAGCGUAUGUCCUACAUCAUGCUCCGCCUCGACUACGCCGGGAUUGCUGCCCUCAUCUCCACUUCUUUUUACCCUCCAGUCUACUACUCCUUCAUGUGCGACCCCUUCUUCUGCAACCUAUACAUGGGCUUCAUCACCCUUCUCGGGAUUUCCACUGUCCUAUUCUCCCUCAUGCCGGUGUUCCAGAACCCUGAAUUCCGGACCAUCCGAGCAUCUCUCUUCUUCGGGAUGGGACUCUCCGGUGUCGCUCCGAUUUUGCACAAGCUUUUCCUCUUCUGGCACCACCCUGAGGCCAUCCGCACUACAGGUUAUGAGCUUCUCAUGGGCCUGUUUUAUGGGCUCGGGGCCCUCGUGUAUGCCACUAGGAUCCCGGAGCGAUGGAAGCCUGGAAUGUUUGAUAUCGCUGGGCACAGCCAUCAGCUCUUCCAUAUACUGGUGGUGGCUGGGGCGUACACUCAUUACCGUGCGGGGCUCAUAUACCUCAAGUGGCGGGAGAUGCAAGGAUGCUGAGAAAGGUAUCGCAGUUGCAAUCAUCUGGUGGGUUAAUCUUUGUAGGGGUCCUCUGAAUUUCAGUUGUAUGAAUAAGAAUACGAAUUAGCCGUAAGGUUAUGCAUACAAUCAACGCUCAGGCAAAGGCAGCAGUCUAGUUUAGACCCUGCUAAUAGGAAGCAGGUCGCCCCAUGACAUGAAUGUAUCGAAACCAUCAGUCCUCUAUAUGUAGAACAUGGGACUUGGGGCACCAAAAGGUCUCUGCCUUCUUCCUCUGUCCACCAGUGGGCGCGGGUUUGUAAGUGUACUUGGAAAUAGUCUAUGCAUUCACUUAAAGAAGUUCUUUGCUGCAAAUUCUAAUCACAGUUCGGAAGGGUUCAGUUGGGA